AUGCCGGAAGCAAUAGACCCAACUUCAAGACAGGAGCCCAAAAACCGUUUCACUCGCUACCCAUCAUGGAACAAUAAGAUGUACCCAGUCUGGAAAGAUGGAGACUCAAGAUACAAGGAGGCCUGGAAAGGCGGGAGAGUGACUUUCAACGUAGGGAACGAUUCACCAACUCUGACCGGAGCCAAAGUGACCUUCACCAUAGAGCUGGAGUUCCCCAAGAACCAGCAGGUGCAGCCAAACGGAGAGGUUGUUUGGGCCGAGGACUGCACAGUCAACGGAACAAAGUACCACGAGUCUGAGCCGGUGUACCCAGCCCCGGACAUAGACUGGGACGCUGUUUUCCCCGAUGGAAGCCCAAUUAAGAAGGACAAGAAGCCGGCCUACGUGUUCGUGUGGAAAACCUGGGGUCAGUACUGGCAGGUGGCAGACGGCCCCUCCUCCUCUCUGACCAUCAGCACAGAUGACAUCCCGCUGGGUUCCUACAUCGUGGACAUCGUUAUCUACCACUUCAGGAGCAAGGAGAAGUUCAUUCCUCUGGGAUACGCCUCCACCCAGUUCUCCAUCACCGAUCAAAUCCCCUUCGCUGUCUCCCUGGACCAAGUGAACGACAUCGUAGCCGGGGACAUGCGCUUCGUCCAGAACAGAGCCAUCGCCUUCACCAUCAGCCUCCACGACCCCAGCGGGUACCUGAGCAACGCAGACAUCACCUUCAACUGGGACUUUGGGGACGAGAGCGGAGCCCUCAUAUCCAGAGAGCUGACCGUCACCCACACCUACGUCAGCACCGGACACUUCAAACCCCAGGUGGUGAUCCAGGCCAUGAUCCCAGACAGGGCCUGUGACCCCAUCGAGAGCCCCACCAAGGCCCCUGCUCCACCUGCUGAUCAGGGAACUACAAUGAAAGCUCCUGCACUGAUGACUGCUGUCCCCUUAAUGGUCACUACCAAGUCAGCCAGUCUGAAUGUCAACAUGGUCCCUUCAGACACAGAGGAGGACAACACUGAGGACGAGGCCUCCACUGCCUCCAACGCUCAGCCCGCUCAGGAGGCACCUCCAGUGGCCAAGACUCCCUCUCCAGUCAGCCAAGACCUGCCGGCUGACAGUGGUGCACAGCCUGGACUUGUAACAGGUGAAAAGCGUCCCGUGAUCCUGACCGGCCAAGCCCAAGUGGUUCUUGUAGCUAAGAGGGAAGUUGCUGACAAACCCUCAGACGAUGACUGUGUGAUUUAUCGUUAUGGCUCCUUCUGCACUGGCAUUGAAGUUUGUGAGGGCAUUGAGAAAGUAGAGAUUGUUCAAAUGAGCAACGCCUUGAUGGUGGCGCCUCAUCUGGACAAGAAUGUUCUGGACAUCACUGUAACCUGCCAGGGAAGCCUCCCUAAAGAAGUCUGCAGCGUGAUCCUGGAUGCUCAGUGCUUGAAGCCCAUUCACACUGUGUGCAACAUGGUGGAGCCCUCCGGAGACUGCCAGCUGGUUCUGCGCCACUUCUUCAACGACUCUGGUGUCUACUGCAUCAACGUGUCCAUGGCUAAUGAUGUCAGUUUGGCCGCCACCAGUGCCAAAGUCAACGUGGACAUGGCUUCGGAUCUGUCUUCUUCUGGCACCAUCGCCAUGGUUUUGGGCGUCAUGUUCCUGGUUCUGGCAGUAGGAGUAGUGGCAUUUUCUUACAGGCGCUUCAAGUCCUACAAUCCUCUGAAGGAAGACAUGAUUGCCUCCCCAGUCCCGCAGCCCGGCCGGGCUCACAGCUGCUCCGGAGCCUCGAUGUUCUGGAACCUCCUGAACAGACGAGGAGCCGUCGACAACUGCCCCCUGCUGCAGGAGAGGCCGGUGUGAACCAUCACCAGCGUCACACACAAUCCAAUGCAAAACCAAACAUUUGCAAUGUGUCAGUGAACAAGCAGCUGGCAACUUUUUAUACCUUUUUUUUUUUUUUUUUUACUUUUUUCUACAACAAACUUCAUGAGUGUGUAAUAUUUCAAUCAAUUCAAUUCAAUCACAAAUAUUGCAGGAAUCACACCGUAGACAUGCUCUGAUCUUUUGUACCAACUGCUGACGAAAAUCUGGUAGAAACAUGUUGCUUUUACUUGGAAAACACUGAAUCUGAAUGUUUUUCCAAUAAACUUUGCUUAGUACA